AUAAUUCUAAACUCAAUCGCAGGGGUCUAUUCUCUUUAGAGUUCCUAUCGAACUCGAUAAUAAUCUAUAUGCUGCUUGUGUCUGGUCUCUUCUAAGUCUCUGUUUCUGUGACUCUCUUCUUAAAACAAUCACCGCCAUCAUGUCCCUGCAAACUCCCCUCUCCAAGCUUCUAGGGAUCAAACACCCCAUUCUCCUAGCUGGCAUGGCCCGCGCAUCAGGCGCUCCCUUGGCCGCAGCAGUCUCCAAUGCAGGAGGCCUAGGCACCGUGGGAGGUCUGGGUUAUACGCCCGCUCAACUAGACGAGAUCCUAACAGAACUGAAGUCCCUUCUUCACGACAAAUCUCUCCCAUUCGGCGUGGACCUCGCUCUUCCAAAGGUGGGAGAUGGCGCACGCGCCACAAACCAUGAUUACACCCAUGGACAUCUCAACGAACUCAUUGAGGUAACGAUCAAACACGGUGCAAAACUAUUUGUUUCCGCAGUUGGCGUCCCGCCCGCGCAUACAAUCAAGCGUCUUCAUGAGGCGGGUAUACUCAUCAUGAAUAUGGUAGGGGCACCGAAACAUGCGGAGAAGGCGCUCAAGGCCGGCGUUGACAUUGUCUGUGCGCAAGGUGGCGAAGGAGGCGGUCAUACGGGCGAUGUUCCCUUCUCGAUCCUUGUCCCAGCGGUGGUUGAUGUUGCGAGGAAAUAUGAGAGUCCCUUAACUGGUCAGCCGCCUAUGGUUGUCGCUGCGGGAGGUGUCAAUGAUGGACGCAGUUUAGCUGCGGCGUUGAUGCUGGGAGCGUCUGCUGUCUGGGUGGGAACUCGUUUCGUAGCCUCCGAGGAGAGCGGUGCGAGUAAGCUACACAAGGAGGCGGUUGUAACUGCGAGAUUUGGAGAUACGCUGCGUACGCUGGUCGUUACGGGGCGGCCUUUGCGCAUAAGGCCAAAUGAGUAUAUCCAGGAAUGGGAGAAGAGGCCGGAGGAGAUUCAGCGGUUGACAAAGCGAGGCAUUAUUCCAAUGGAGCAUGAUAUAGAGGAAGGGAAGGAUGUGGAUUUCCCUUACCUGAUGGGAGAUGUGGCCGCCGUCGUGAACGAUAUCAAACCAGCUGCUGCGAUUGUUCAGGAUAUGGUCCAGGAGGCGGUGGCCGCGCUUAAACAUGGAGUAUCUUAUAUUAAUGAGGGGGGAGCAGCGAGCAAGUUGUAACGAAGCGGAGGGAGUGACUACACUAGAGGAUUGGAUUGCAUGAAUCUUUUGUUGGGUGAAGAAUUGCAGGAUGACCAUUUCCAACGACGCAUGCUACCCUUGAAGAAUAGCUUACUACGGUAUGGCAGGAACAAUAGUUACAAAGGCACACUGUAGACAAUUCAAACCCGCAUAAUAUAACAUAACACGUUUCAACUAGAGCGACUCGACAACAGGAUCGUGCCGCAGAGUAGCGACUUC